CGAGGACACACAUUUUCCGCUGCCGUUUUGUCGACUUCACUUUUUUGUUUCUCCGGCCCAUGAAUAAAAUAUCAAAGCAGGGGUGUGUUUGCAGAGCCGGGGAGCUGAGAAGUAUUGUUGUGUUGUCUCUCUGCCUCCCACUCUCGCCCUCACUGUCGACGCUUCUGGCGGUCUGCCUUCAUUUCAAAUGCUAAUGCAUUUCUCUGAAAAACUUCCCUCUUCUUCGGUGUUAGUCCUCCGUGCCCACAGACUCUCAUCUUCGCUUCAUCACCUUUUCAUGAGCAUCGGUUCACUCGGGCAGCAAACAAAGGGCUCUUAUGAAAGAUCUAACCGGUGCGCCUGGCACAUGUUUAACUAUCCAAAUAAAAGAUAAUCUAACGCUAAUAUGUAGAUAAUUUAAAAGAAAUCCAUUGAAGCAAAUGGAAAUUUCAGAUGCUUUCUUUUAACUUGUCUGAAAGAAGACAUGUUUUGGAAGUAAAAUAGCCCGAAGCCUUGAAAUUGAGCUGUACAACUGCAGGUUACCACACUGUGUACCUUUAUGGACCCCACAGCCGUACCGGGUGAGCUGUUAAUAAAAAGUAAUUCUCUUUUCAAUGAUUUUAACAGUUCUGCUGACUUUCUGCCUACUUAAUUUAUAGAGUAAUUUGCAGUGCGUCAUGUUGAGGUCACACCGUUUUAGAAGAAUGCAUUUGCUUGUUGUUAUGGCUGCUCAAAAACAGAACGUGUGGUACCAUCAAUUCAUGUUUACCUUAACGUCACUCUUCAUGUUUUGAACUACCUACUAUACUGUUGUUAAGGCGUUUGCUAUACUUGUUGUUUAUGUUUAUGUCUCUUUCCUUUCCCUUUAUUUCUCUUACUGCAGAAACUCAAACUGAAAAUAAGUAAAGAGGCAUCCAUUAAUUCAUCACGAUGUUUGUGGGGACUCCUUCGGGUAGCAAUUCCUCCUCCCCUAUCCCGACCUACAGCCCCAGUCCUGAUCAUCCGUCCGACGGUCCUCCCCUCGCCUUCCCGUCUCAGUCCCCUCCAUGCUGGGCGACUCAGGCCCGGCGGGACCUCGCACAGGCAGACGCAGAGCUGCGUCGCCUACAAGAGCUUCAUGCAACCCAGACGGACACCGUGAAGCGGGGUGUGGAGCGGGCCAUCCUGGGAGCCCGCAGAGAAGAGCGGCGCUUGCUGGAAAGGGUGGAGCAAGACCACCGGGACACUCAGCAGCAUCUGGAACAGCUCCAGAGGGAGAACAUGGCAGCAGCCCGGGUGAGCCAGUCACUGUUGGACCAACGGCUCUGUACGCUGGCUCAACUUGAGCAGCGGAUUCAGGAGGUGGGUCGACAGGCAUGUCUAGAGGAUGGUGGGCAAAAACAGCUGCUGAAAGAUGUUGCAGAGUUCCUACAGCCCUGGGAAGUGUCAGUUUCCUUGAAAAAAGUGAAUUUUAAGCCCAGCUCCCAACCUAAUGCUGUCCACUUUGGAGAUAUCCGAGUGCAAGAACAAAGCCUCUGCCUCAACGCCGGAGGUUGCGGGCCACAGGGGCAGCUGUGUGCGCUCCAUUCACAGGAGAUGCAGCGCGAAGACACAACCCCUCAAGGUGCUAGACGAGAAAAAAGCCCCCUUGGACAGCGGUUGACCUCACCAACAGGCAGGGUUGUCAGGAAAAUCAGUCUUUCUACUCGGAGCGACUUGGAAUCGGAGGGGGAACAAAACCACUCCCCAGAAAAUGCAUGUCCCUGGGUUCCCAAGGGUGAGCAGUCUGACUGGGAGUCAUCCCAUGAUGACGAGAUGGAGUCAGCGUCUUUUCAGCCACAAGGCGAGGACAUAUAUUUAAGUGUCCCUAAGAUACUUAAAAACAUGGACGCUGAAGACUUGGAGCAGGUCUACAAGAUAAAUGGUAAUGGUAAACACUACUCUCCCAUGAGUCAGAGGAAAACGCUAACUGUGGUGUCUGGUAGAAAGCCGUCCCCCAGAGCGGAGAAUACUAACCUGAGUCACUGCUUGAGUUUGGACAGCCAGGUUAGAAGUAUAGGAAAAGUGAGUCAAGAGUCCAAUGUUAGACAUUUGAUGUACAGAAACAGUGACCUAAGAUCUCCCACGAUGACUUCAAGAGAGCCUCUGACCAGUCAAAGCUGCCUAGACCUCACUUCAGGGGGUCGACCUCACUCCCGAGUAAGCCAGUUGUCUGAUGAACAGUCUCUCGAACCCCAUGGGGACUAUGGCCGAGCACCAUCCCCAACAGACAGCCUUGACUCCAGCUAUACCUUCAUUGUCAGCCCACCUCACGAUUACAGCACCAACAGAGGCUCCUUGAACUAUAAUUGCCGUCUAUCAAAGUCUGCAGUGGACUUGACACACAAGACUCGCCCGAUGAUCAGUGGCAGGACUGAUGAGCACCUCGAAGAGUGGACCGUGACGUGCAACAACUUCAACUCCAUGUCAAGCUCAAUGUCCCCAACUCGGUCUAGGGGACCGAGGGUCUCUGACGUGGGUCAGACCCGGACCCACCCUACACGUCAAAGUCACGAUGUUCUGCACCAGCCUCAGACAAAAACAACGGUGACUUGCUCAAAUACACCCCUGAUGGCUAGGUCUUUAUCCACCUCUGUCAUUGAUCGAUUCUCUCAAGACCUGAAGAGAGGAAGAGGAGAUGUAGGAGAGCCAACCCUGGUGGAGUUGGAGGAGGACGGAGACUCGUCCUUGACAGGAUUAAACCCCAGAGGAGUCCAUCUGCUUAGGCAGUUUGGGAAGCAGGGUUCUGGUAGAGCUGACCUUACGCUUCCAAGUGGUAUCCAUGCCACACCACAGGGUCUACUCUAUAUAGUGGACUGUGGAAAUGCACGUGUUCAGGUGACUGACCUACGGGGCAACGUUCUCCAGCAAGUGACCUCCCCAACUUGUGAUGGCUCUGCAAGAAGAUGUCGGAACUACUUUGACAUUGCGGUCAAUACCAAGGGUUUGAUUGCGCUUAGCUGUGCAGCAGAGCGUGCCCUACUUGUCUUCAGCCGGCAUGGUCGCCUACUCCAGACAUUUGGUGGGUCGGGGUUGGGCUCUGCAAAAGAUGAUCUUGAGGCUCCCAGGGGCGUGACCGUAACCAGGCUGGAUGAGUUCUUGAUAGCCGAUAUCCGAAAAGGUAGCCUCAUUGCCCUGAAGCUUGACCCUAAAACAGGCUCCCGUCUAGAGCGCACCGUGGUGACUGGAUUUCACCGACCUUACUUAGUGGCGGCUUGCACAAGCUCAGGCAUGGUAGCUGUGUCCGAAAGGGGUAACGAAACAGGCCGUGUGCCUUGCAUUAAAGUGCUGGAGCCAGGCUGGAACACGGUGAGAGUUUUAGGCAUAUGUGCUGGUAUGGGACCAGUGCUUGCCUGUCCCUGGGGCAUCGCUAUAGAUACAGAUGGUAACGUGCUGGUAGCAGACUGGGCGGAGCAGCACAGAGUCCUGUUAUACCCAGCACAGGGAGUGGGGUGGCUGAUAGUGACCCAAGGCCUGAGUAGUCCCCGUGGACUGGCAUUGCUACCUAAGGGCCAAGUAGCUGUGUCCGACAGCAUGCACCAUUGCGUUAAGAUCUACCAGUACAAAGUGACCCAGGAUUAGAGAGCGUGAAGAGAUGUUUGUGGUUUGGUUUAGUUUUGCUGCUCUCAGUGGUUCAGGGUCCAAGAGAUAUGCUAAUUUCUCUCAGAAAACUGUCUAUAGAUUAGAGUUAAAUCAUAGUGUGAAUAAUGUCUGUGUUUGCUGUCUUUCUUAAUAUUCUGCAUUGAAAAGCAAAGCAUUGAAAAAUCUAAAUAUUCACAGUGUAUGGAUUCAAUAAAUUCAACAAAGUCCAAUUCA